AUCUUCGAAGACCCAAAGUUCUUAAAUUCUUUUAAGGAAACUAAGGACAUAUAAUAGUUUAAAAGCUGAGAAAGGCCUGGAAGGAACAAGUCCUAAAGAAAGGCAAAGGGUUUGGGGAAAUUGGGUUUAAAGCAGUUGCAGGAGGAAGGGGAUCCCCAUAUCCCAGUCUCCUCCCCAGUUCACAGCUGGCUUUGGUGACGUUGCGGUUUCCUCCCCCUCUCCCUCCCUUCCCCCUCUUCUCCCUCCUUCUAACCCCCCCUACCCCCUUACUAGUGGAGCCUAGACACAGCCUACCUCUCCUCGGUCUCCCUACCCCCACCACCCACACGCCUCACCCCACCCCACCCCCUAGCUUGCUAUCCUAGUGGACCCAGUUCCUCCCGCCUGGCCCUAGCCUCAAGCGGCCAGCGCAUCCUGGGGGGCAGUGGAGAAGCGCAGAGCUAGGAGUUCCUGGCGCACAUCCAUGGAGCAGCGGGGACUAAGGGGCGCCAAGGGAGGCGGUCUUCCCCCACCCAAGGCUCCGGCCGCCAUGGAGUGAAAACGGGGCGGCGGGGGGCCUCAGAGCCCGGGCCGAGACUGGGAGCCUAUUGAGGACUGAGCGGCUGCAGCGGCCCAGGAACGGAUAUUUCGAAGAUGGUUUGGCUGCCUUUGCGACUUAGAGAUCUGAUGCCAUAAUGAGGACUCACACACGGGGAGCUCCCAGUGUGUUUUUCAUACAUCUAUGUUAUUUUGUGGCAGCCUAUAUCACUGACGAGAACCCUGAAGUCAUGAUUCCUUUCAUCAAUGCCAACUAUGACAGCCACCCAAUGCUGUAUUUUUCCAAGGGAGAAGUAGAAGAGCUGCAGCGGAGAGCAGCCAGUACACAUCGGCACAUUGCUGCAAGGUUGACUGAAGCAGUGCAAAUGAUGCUGUCCAGUCCUCUGGAGUAUCUGCCUCCUUGGGAUCCCAAGGAUUACAGUGCAAGGUGGAAUGAAAUCUAUGGCAACAACCUGGGUGCCUUGGCAAUGUUCUGUGUGCUGUAUCCCGAGAAUAUCGAAGCCCGAAAUAUGGCCAAGGAUUACAUGGAGAGGAUGGCUGCUCAGCCUAGUUGGCUAGUAAAAGAUGCUCCUUGGGAUGAGGUCCCCCUUGCUCACUCUCUGGUUGGUUUUGCCACUGCCUAUGACUUCCUGUACAACUACCUGAGCAAGACUCAACAGGAGAAGUUUCUUGAAGUUAUUGCCAAUGCCUCAGGAUACAUGUAUGAAACAUCAUACCGCCGAGGAUGGGGGUUCCAAUACCUGCACAAUCACCAGCCUACCAAUUGUAUGGCUCUGUUGACGGGAAGCCUGGUUCUGAUGAAUCAAGGUUAUCUUCAAGAAGCCUAUUUGUGGACCAAACAAGUUUUGGCCAUCAUGGAGAAGUCUAUGGUCUUACUCAGAGAAGUCACGGAUGGCUCCCUCUAUGAAGGAGUUGCCUAUGGUAGCUAUACCACCAGAUCCCUCUUUCAGUACAUGUUCCUGGUACAGAGGCAUUUUGAUAUCAACCACUUUAAUCAUCCUUGGCUUAAGCAACACUUUGCAUUCAUGUACAGAACAGUCCUUCCAGGUUUUCAAAGAACAGUGGCAAUUGCAGACUCAAAUUACAACUGGUUUUAUGGGCCAGAAAGUCAGUUGGUCUUUCUAGAUAAAUUUGUCAUGCGUAAUGGCAGUGGCAAUUGGCUGGCAGAUCAGAUUCGACAGAACAGAGUGAUAGAAGGUCCAGGAACAGCAUCAAAAGGGCAGCGCUGGUGUACCUUGCACACUGAAUUUCUCUGGUACGAAGCCAGCUUGGGUUCUGUACCCCCACCAGACUAUGGAACCCCAACACUGCAUUAUUUUGAGGACUGGGGUGUUGUGACUUAUGGAAGUGCCUUGCCUGCAGAGAUCAAUAGACCUUUCCUUUCCUUCAAGUCAGGAAAACUUGGAGGACGUGCAAUCUAUGACAUUGUCCACAGAAACAAGUACAAAGAAUGGAUCAAAGGAUGGAGAAAUUUUAAUGCUGGCCAUGAGCAUCCUGAUCAGAACUCAUUUACUUUUGCUCCCAAUGGUGUGCCUUUCAUCACGGAGGCUCUCUAUGGGCCAAAGUACACCUUCUUCAACAAUGUGCUAAUGUUUGCCCCUGCAGUAUCAAAAAGCUGCUUCUCUCCCUGGGAGGGUCAGGUCACAGAAGACUGUUCAUCAAAGUGGUCAAAGUACAAACAUGACUCGGCUGCCCACUGUCAGGGGAGAGUGGUGGCUGCUCUAGAGAAGGAGGGAGUGGUUUUUAUACGAGGGGAAGGAGUGGGGGCCUACAAUCCUCAGCUAAAACUGAAAAAUUUCCAGAGGAACCUAAUUCUCUUGCACCCUCAGCUCCUCCUCCUUGUGGACCAAAUCCACCUGGAAGAAGACAGUCCUCUAGAGACAGCGGCAAGCUUUUUUCACAAUGUGGAUGUCCCUUUUGAAGAGAUUGUCGUGGAUGGUGUCCACGGGGCUUGCAUUAAGCAGCGAGACGGUAUAUAUAAAAUGUAUUGGAUGGAUGAUACUGGCUAUAGUGAGAAAGCAACCAUUGCUUCAGUGACUUACCCCCGGGGAUAUCCGUACAAUGGAACAAACUAUGUGAAUGUCACUACACACCUCCGGAGUCCCAUCACCAAGGUAGCCUAUCUUUUCAUAGGACCUUCUAUCGAUGUUCAAAGCUUCAACCUCCAUGGAGAUGCUCAACAACUAGAUGUAUUUAUAGCCACUAGUGACCAUGCUUACGCAGUUUACCUUUGGACAGGUGAGGCCACUGGACAAACAGCCUUUGCACAUGUCAUUGCAGAUCACCAAAAGAUUAUUUUUGAUCAGUCUGCCAUCAUUAAGAGCUCUCCUGUGUCUGAAGUAAAGGACUAUGCCGGAAUUGUAGAACGCAGUCUCCAGCAUUUCAAGCCAGUUUUCCAGCAGCUAGAGAAGCAGAUCUUGUCCCGCGUCCGUAACACAGCUAGCUUUCGAAAGACUGCUGAGCGCCUGCUGAGAUUUUCAGAUAAGAGACAGACAGAGGAAGCUAUCGAUAGGAUAUUUGCAAUCUCUCAGCAGCAGCAGCAGCAGCAGAGAAAACAGCAGCUACAAGGCAAGGCAAAAAAGAACCGAAGGCCAGCCAGGCGCUACAAGUUCAUUGAUGCCGUCCCUGACAUUUUUGCACAGAUUGAAGUAAAUGAGAAAAAGAUCCGACAGAAAGCUCAGAUUUUGGCACAGAAAGAAUUGCCCAUAGAUGAAGAUGAAGAAAUGAAAGACCUUUUAGAUUUUGCUGAUGUCUCUUAUGUGAAACACAAAAUUGGGGUACCAUUCAGAGGCCAGUUUGGGCAGGCCCAGAUGGUGACAACUGCCCGAAGCAGGGCCCCCUCAAUAUCUGCUUCCUAUACCAGGCUUUUCCUCAUUCUGAACAUUGCUAUUUUCUUUGUCAUGCUAGCAAUGCAACUGACUUACUUUCAGAGGGCCCAGAGUCUACAUGGUCAAAGAUGUGUCUAUGCUAUCCUUCUGGUUGAUAGUUGCAUCUUACUUUGGUUGUACUCUUCUUGUUCCCAAUCGCAGUGCUAGUCAUGCUACUGUGAACUGCCCAACCAUUCUGUGAUCCCUGGAAUCUAUGCAAAAUUCAAAUACUCCUAAGAGGAUGCUAAUUUGGGGAGUGGUUUUAGUUUUCUCAUUUGCAUUCCAGGAAAUCUGCGAUCAGGAGAAAGAGAAAGAUCUUUUUAGGAAGCACAGACAGACAGACAGACAAAGGCAGAAAUAGAGACAGAAACAGUAAGACUUAAGGCAUAACCUCUCAGAAAAUGAAGACUCAUUUGAUGAUCCACAGCAUCUGGAAAAGUGCUUUACUUUGCUAAUGACAACAGUGAAAGGAUGAUUACUUUUAAUUGAAACAGAAAGUCCAGAAUUAAGUAAUUAUCAUACUUUUUCUGAACCACAGCAUAAAAAAGAGGGAGGGAACUGAUUUUAAAAUUGGUUUUGUAUCUUGAAUUUGAUCUUCAGACAUUGUUCCAUGACUGCCAGAGAGCUUUUAAAUUUUGAAACACAAUUUCUGUUGCAGCACAAAAUAAUUCCCCUGGAGGUAGUCUCAAUAAGUGCUUUAAUUAGGUCAUUUUAUUGGAUCAUACCUUUAAAUCAGGAAAGGAUCUUAGAGCUCUUCUAGUCUUAUCCCCUUCCCUUCUUCUUGCAGAUGAGAAAACUGAAGCCCAGGGGAAGAAAGUAACAUAUCCAAGGUGAUAUAGGGAGUUAGUGGCAGAGCCCUAUGAGAUUCAAACUCAGGUUUUAUGAUUCCAAAUCCAACACUCUUUUACACAUCCACUUUAACCAAUAUUACUGCUUAUUAUGUGCACACCACUGGGUUAUACACUGGGGAAAAGAAAAAGAAAACAGUCCCUGAUUUCAAUGAGGUGAUAUUCUCCAGUGGAUACAAUACAUAAACGUAUAAAUAUGUAUAUAUACAUAUGUAUAUAGAUAUAUAGAUAUAUAUACACACAUAUAUGUAUAUAUGCUAUAUAUGUUGGCAUACAUAUGUAGGAAUAUACACAUAGGUAAAUACAAACAUUCACAUCUUGUGUUAAUAUUCAGAUGUGCAAAAGAGAGUACCAUAGUACCAAAAAAACCUUAGAAUAUUUUCCCCCCAGAGGCCGGAAAAAUUUUUCAGUGGCAUAAAUUUGCACAUUCAUAUACAUACAGAAACACAUGCACACAAACACCUGACAAACACUUCUCAAAUUUCCAAGUAUAGUUUGAGAUGAUUUUUUUUAUCUGAUUCACUAUCAGAAUAGGAGGUUUAAUUGGAACUAAAAGUUGUUUGAUCAUGCUAUUCUUUGUAUGGGGUGGGGGGAGUUAUCAGCUAAAAGGAUAAAGGGAACAAACAUUUGUGUGUAGUUUUCCACACCAAAGAAUUUGAGAAGCAAACUAUUAUAUAUGAUGGUUAUGUUUCUAAUAAGGGAAGAAUCAUGCUUUCCUUCAAGUUUAUUUUGCUAAAUAAACAGAUGAUUAUUGUCUCCAUUUUUAUAUUAUCUUGUCUUUAUUAUAUAGAAGGGUCAUAUAAGAUGUACAACUUUUUUCCUCCAUUCUUCAAAAAUUUGUGUUUUGUUACAAUUUCAUUUCAAGUAGAUUCCAAUUAGUGCAAAUGAUGAAUACCAUGAAAUAGGUGAAUGUAGUCAGAUUCACACUAUUUGGGGUUAUAAUUAUGUAAGGUAACUGGAACCAAUUUAGUGGAACUAUACAGUGCAAAUUUAAAUAAUACAACCACUUAAUAGUAUCUAAUAUUUGUUCUAAUUGAGAUCUGCUAGUAACUAAAGGGCUGAGAUUUUAUGCAAUAUAGUUAUCACAGAAUCAAAUCACAUUCUGUUGUAUUUCCUUUUGACACAAAUAUUCUGGACUGUGAUCUUUAACCUUUAAUGUGAACAUCAAGGAAUGAGAUUGAUAAGAAAUGUCAAACAUUAAAAUUUAUGUGAAAUGUAAAAA